ACCGUGGUUCCACUGAUAAUUUUUUAUUUUUAUGAGUUUUCAAAGAGGUUUGAUUUAUGUAGCAUUUUUGUAAUAAAGGAUUAAAGUUGGCAAUGGAAUUCACACAAUGCACACUCUGGUGGUGAAAAUCUGAAGGUAUCGAGUGGAAUAUAUAGAUUGGCCACACGUAAUUGGAGGCCAAAUUUUCGAGCGAUAAGUAGCGAAGUGCUGUGGUUGAAGUUGUACUUAGCGUUGCUUACCUGCAAGUUUGUAAAUGGCGUCGGGAAAUUAACUGCAGAAAGUUAAUACAGUUGUGUAUUUGUGUUGUAAGAUUUCAUAAGUUUGUUACGGUAUGUAAUUGGGUAAAUGGUAAAAGUGUAUAAUAAGUAAAAUUGUCAACAUGUCGGAUCAUGUACUUUCUACUGAUAAUAAUAGGGAGUCCGUUGAUACUGGGGGAAGGGAUGACGUAAAAUGUCUUGCGCAAACAUUUAAUAAGCAGCCAUCUGGUGACGAGAUGGAGAAAACAAAUGAAAACAAGGGCGGGAAUAAUAUUCCAUAUGACGUACGGUAUCGAAAAAGAAGGAGAACGCGUCGUGGAAAAUCAAAACGCCGCAAACUGAAGCCGUACAACAAACUGUCGUGGCAGGAAGGUAGUGAACAAUCGAAACUAGCUAAUAAAGUUAGGUCUCGAAUGUUCACGCAUGGACAACCCGUUGCUCCUUACAAUACCACACAAUUCUUGAUGGAGGAUCAUAACGAUUUGCAAGACUUAGAUGUUCAGUUGAAAGCAGUGACAGAUUCUGAUAGUCUUAGAACGGAUGCUUCAGUUUUUCAAAGACCAUCCCGAGUGCGUGAUUCAAGCCUCAGUGUUGAUUCAGAAGAAGACUACUAUUCAUCUCCAGAGGAUGAGGAGGAAUUCUUAACAAAGGAAUUCUCAAAUGCAUAUGAAGAUUUACAUGCAGAGAGGUUGCAUCAACUGACAAAAUCUCAGCUUAUUCAGGAAUAUAUACAGCUUGAAGAGAAAGUUGACAUGUUAGAGGAAAGGUUGAAAAAAUCACAGGCUGUAGAGAUAACAGAGAGAGAACAGACUAAUGAUAUUAUUACAGAUCUUGAGAAACGAGAAAUGCAAAUUGAUGAAGAAACUUCUCGCAAAAUGCAGGUAUUUCAACAAGAAAUCAAUAAGUUGUUAAAGGAGAAUGAACAGUUGCGUCUUGAAAAUGAUUACUUGCGUCAGUCAUAUGAUAAGGGAGACAUAGUAUCAUCAGUGUUAUCAUCAGUUGAUUCAGAAAGUGACAGUACAUGCACCUCUACAAGCAAUUUAAGUGAUGAGAGUUUGGGCAGAGAGAGAGGGAAUAAAAAGAAACUGUCAAGAACUCGUGACACAGACAUUGCAGAAGUGGAAUAAGCUUUGUUGGUGGGUAGGCUAAUUUUAGCAGCAUUGAACUUUCUAUUUGAUUUAAGGUUACUGAAAAACUCCAUUCCAGGUGUGUGUGUGUGUGUGUGCAGUCUUGUAACAUACCAUUUUAAAAUUGCUGUAUAUUUUUUACAUGUACAUGUUGAAUGCUAUCAUUAGAAAACUGAAAUUUUAAUAGAUGUUUUAAAACAUGUUUGAUAAGUCAUAAAAAUGGAGUUUUUUAAUAACCAUUAAAUUAUAUAAUGUAAUAUGUCAAAUUACACACAUUAUCUAGAUUGUAGCAUAAUUGCCAGCAUUUGCAAAUUUUAUGUGGAACAGUGCUUAUUGUAGCCUACAUGUAUUGACAUAUGAAUAUAAAAGGCGAGUAUGUUGUGUAUAAACUUGUGUAAAAUAUCCUCUUACAUGAUGGUAUGGAUUAUGUUGACAUGACAGAGAAAGGAAAUUAUUUUAUGCAGUCAGACAUGAGAAUAUGAGUGAAUUUAAGGUUUAAAUGAGUGUUUGUAUGUUCAGUUACAAUUGUCACAUCAUUUUUACUGGUAUUGACCUAAAUUACUAAUAUGUCUUCACCAUAAUUUGUUUUGAUAAUUUUAAAGUUACAGUUAGUCCCUCAAAAAUUUGUUAAUAUGGACCCCAGUUCUUUAUUCCUGUUUGUGGUAAAUAAUUACUCAAAUGCACUGGAUGUGUUGAAGUUAAAUGGUUAUUUCAUUGCAUGUGUGUAGAAUGUAUAUAGAACAUGUAGAUCAAGCUUGAAUCUUCUCUUGUCACAGGAAAACAUGUUAGAUAAUAUUUCUAUCAAUAUUAAGAAAAUCAUCUUUGUUACUCUGAAUGGAACCACUGAUCUAUUGAAAUUAUGUAUUGUAUUGUGUUAGGGAUGAAUUUCAAAUUUUAUCCAUUAUUAAAUGCAUAUUUAGUAUAAAUAAAUAUACACUAAUGGAAGCAGUUCUGUUGUCAUUAUGCAGUUUGCCCUCUGUAAUGAGGUAGAACUCUGUUGGUCUAUUUUUUCCCGACCCCAACCCCAGAAGAGUAAAAUCAUUUUGACUUGUACCAUGUAGUCUUCACCAUCUGUGCCAUUAGAAGCUACCUUCUUUUUAAUUUUCUGUUGAUGUUUGUACAUUUUAAAAAAUUAAUCAAGUUUGCAUUUAUAUUGCAUGUUCAACUGCCAUAGGUAUUCCUUAUUGAAGGUAUAUUCAGUAAAUUUAAGUAAUUACCACAAUAUGAUGAAUCACAAAACAGUAAUGAUAUCAUAACCAAUGGUGGUAAGGUUGUGAGGUAUGACUGUCGACAGCAGGAGGACAUAUAUGCAAAAUAUGUUGGUACUGAGCUCCUGUAUAGUGGUUAUGUUACUUUCUUAUUUUGUAUCUUUUUAAAAUCCAAUUGGUAACACAUUAUAGAACAUAUUCCCUCCCACAAUGGUCAUAUAUUUUUCACUUGAACUAAAAUUGUGAUGGCAUAAGUAAUGACUUGCUAGAUAGCAAAUGAUAGCUUAAUACUAUUUAGUGCUAACAUGACAACUUAUACAGGAAUAGGGAGUUUAAAUACCUAUGCAGGUGCUAGCCAAACUUCGACUGUAAUGUUUAAUUGUUUAGUGGUAUGCUACUGUGAUACAUUUAUAAGUCAUGAUGCACAGCUAUUGAAGGUUAAUGGGCAACAUAAUAUGAGUGAGCAGAAUUUUCUGUAGGUAGACUAAGGGAUGGCCUAGACCCCAUUGCAGGCCAAAAUGUUGGCUACUUUCUUGCUAUAGACAUUUUGAAAGUUGACAGUUUCUGUUUAAUCUGCUAACCCAGAUCCAGCAUUGUCUCUGAAGGAUCGUAGUUACAUGUCUCUCAUGUUGAUGGCUAAAAACUAACGUGUUCACACUGGGUGAAAUUUAAUGUAAAAAUGAAAAGAAAAGAAAAACAUUUAGUUGAGCUGGUAGGAAACUAAAGUUAUGUUUAUUCAGUUUAUUUAUACCCAUGGAUAUCAUAUACCCUUCUUUGGAUGUUUUACCUAUUGUAAAUGUUAGGGGUACUAGAAAUUCAAAUAUUACCCUCCUGUUGCAACUUCAUUUCUGGGUGCCAAACAUGAUAAAACAGUUUCUGCUUAGUCAACACAAAGUAUAAGAUAAGUAUUCCAAAGUGCAGGUCGGCUGUGUUGAUAAACUGGUAGGUGGUCCCAUACCUUGGCCUGCAUGUAGUAUGUGAUUUACCUAGCUACCUAAUGUAUACUUAAGGAGUGAGUUGCCCAGGGAAUGAGAAAUACAGUCGCCCACUUCCCUGAGGCAAGUUGAUUUUGCAAUUGGUGAGCCAUAAUGAUUUUUAUUAACAUACUCUGAUUCAGUUUCUUCAUUUGUUAAAUGUAUGUAUGUGAGGAGUACACUAACCAUCAUAACACAAUGAUAGGUAAGACUUGCCAGUGAUAGAACUUAAUUUGUAUGUACCUAAUGUUCUUUUGAUUGCUGAUUUUUUUAAAGUACAAUCAUGGACUAUGCAAAGGGUUAUAAGCUCCAUUUUUGUGUAAGAGGUGAGGUUUUUGUUAAAAAUAAAUCACAUUUUAUAAUGACAACUAAAAAAUUAUGCUUUGUUUUAAAUAUUUUUAGUCCAAUAGAAAAAGAAGGUCCCACUGAUUGUUAAGAAUAACAUGAAAAAUAAGUGGUUGGUUUUACAGAAUUCUGUUAUCUAUUUCUUAUAUCAGUUCCAUUUCUGUGUCUUUAAAUUGCCUUUAUAAAUAAAAUACUGCUUAAUAAAUAACAACUGAUAAGUU